UCCCGUCAGUCUGUUCGCGCCGCAGUACGUAGUCUUGCCCGAUAUCUCUCUUCCUGUGUUGCCGCCCUUGGGGUGCGACAGUUCAGGCGAGAAUCUCCAAUCGGAAAUACUGCUAGUAGUUUACAGCAAGUUAACAUCGAAAAACCUCAAUUGCUUUAUAACUAAGCAUUCUUCGCUGCGGCACUUUUUUUGGAGUGUUGCUCUUUGGUAAGGAGUGUGAACCUGGCUGGGUGUACUGAUCAAAAAGCCUGCCUCCACCGAGUAUAUAGCCUCUCCAGUUAUGGCGCUGCCAUUUAAGAAGGACUUGGAGAAGUACAAAGAUCUCGAUGAGGAUGAGAUCCUCAACAAGCUCUCUGAAGAGGAGCUGAAACAGCUGGAAAGUGCUCUUGAGGAACUGGACCCAGAGAAUGCCUUGCUUCCAGCUGGCUUGCGGCAGAAGGAUCAGACCACUAAAUCGGCCACAGGUCCCUUUGAUAGGGAGAAGCUGCUGAAAUACCUGGAGAAACAAGCUUUGGAGUACAAGGACCGGGAAGAUGUGGUCCCUUUCACAGGGGAGAAGAAAGGUAAAGCGUGGGUGCCAAAGCAAAAACCUGUUGAAAAACGGCAAGAGGAAGUAACAACCCUCGACCCAGAAUUAGAAGAAGCCCUCUCUAGUGCCACUGACACUGAGCUCUCUGACCUGGCAGCUAUUCUUGGUGUCCAUACACUGGUGACAAGCAUCCAAAGCUCCGAUAGUACCAACAGUAAAGAUGGCUACAACAAUGUCAUCAAAGGGGAGAAAGUGAAGCCCGUUUUUGACGAGCCCCCAAAUCCCACAAACGUGGAGGAUACUUUACAGAGGAUAAGGUCUAAUGAUGCAAUGUUAACAGAAGUCAACUUAAACAACAUCAAGAAUAUUCCCAUCCCUACACUGAAGGACCUUGCCAAGGCCAUGGAGAAAAACACACAUGUGAAGAAGUUCAGCUUGGCAGCAACACGGAGCAAUGACCCCAUUGCUGUGGCCUUUGCAGACAUGUUGAGAGUGAAUAAGAACUUAAAAAGUCUAAACAUGGAGUCCAAUUUCAUCACCAGUGUGGGCAUUAAGGCCCUGGUAGAAGCCCUGAGGGACAAUGAAACACUCACCGAGAUAAAGAUUGACAAUCAGCGGCAGCAGUUGGGAACCACAGCAGAGAUGGAGAUUGCAAAGAUGCUGGAAGAGAACACAAGCAUUCUCAAGUUUGGGUACCACUUCACACAGCAGGGUCCAAGAACUAGGGCCGCUGCCGCCAUCACCAAAAACAACGACCUGGUCCGCAGGAAGAGACUGGAAGGCGAUCCGUAGAGACGGGGAACUCGACUGCCAUGCGCCAAGUGGCACAUACUGUUGGAAUUACUUCAGCUGUACUGCAAAGUCUUGUGCCAAACGGUGGGGCACAGCAUCUUCAAGGAGCACCAUUCUGAGAAGAAGGGAAAUGACUGGAAUAGCCCUUUCCGUUAAUUGUUUAUAUUACUGUUGUUGUGCUAGUUCUUACUACUGUUAUGUUAUUCAGAAAUAAUUGAGUCUAGUGACUUUUUUUUGCUUUCUUAAGAUCUUUACGUUACACCCACCGUUCUGCAUGACCACAUGUUUACCACUUUUGAUAUCUUGGCAUUCUUAGGCUUUUUUUUUUUGGUACCACAGAACCAUUGUGAAAGUGUUUUAAAAAAAAAAAAAAAAAAAAAAAAAAAGGCACUGAUGCAAUGUAAAAUAACAAGGAAUACGGAAAUAUAGUUUCUGCAUUAUAUACGUGACAGUGCUAUGGUUGCAAGCCAUUAGCACAUCUAGCACAGCAGCAGCACACAGUGGCCAGUCUUAGAAUUUAUUGGCUGCACCAUAUAUAGAUGCACACAUGGCUUUGUGUGUAUUUAAUGGAAGUAAAAUGCAUUGUUCCACAUUGUAAUGACAGUUCUUCUUUAGUAUUGUAGAAAACGUUAGUCGGGCCUUCUGUUUUGUAGAUUCAAACAUGUGGUGAUGUUGACAGUGGGACUGUUUAAUACUGUAGAGGAGUUGGCGACUGGAAUUGGAGAGCACUAACACACACGCUCACAUGGUAGCCUGCCUUCAUUCUUUUAUAAACUUGUUCACACACUCUUAAGGGGUGACAGGGUUUGCUAGUUGUACUCUGGCUUUUCCUGAGCUGUGGACAGUGUAAACUGCACUGUAUAGAUGCAUAUCUCUCAAUGGCAGUGUGUAAAUACUUUUUUUUAUAGUAGUUAUUGAGUUUCAUUCCAGGUCAUGCUUUGUUACUUUUUUGUUUCCCCUCCACUGCAGGAAAAGGGAUCAAGCUGAACAAAGAUGGUGGUUUAACCAAGUAUAUGUGGUCUUUUUUCUUUUUCUUUUUAGCCAAAACAAUUUAGUUUUAGCAGUGAUUAUCUGUAAACAUAAAUAUGUAAGGUCAUUGUGCUACCUGGACUCCACUCUAACAGAAAAGUCCACUCAAGUAGCAACUUCUCUGUCAUGCCAAAGAUGCGUGCUUUAACAUUCACACCUCAUUCCAAGACAUUCCCAUUUUGGUGUUCUAGUCCUUUAUCACAUACAAAGUACAUUAGAGAAGUACUAGGAAAUUUUUUUUAAAUAAAAAAAUUAUAGAAUCUGGGAACAUGUACUGAGCACUGUACAACCAAUUUACAUAGCUGUGAUAUAAUACUGUUAAUAUCAAAUAAUGUCUACAGCUUUGAAAUGCAGCCUCACUGUUAUGUGCUACACUCCGGUACUUGGUUGUCUGAACUUCGUAAAUAUAAACGGUAGAAUUUAUAGCAUGCUGUAGGCUACAGAACAACUGGAUGGCACAGGGCAAUGUGCAUGUUUUUAAAGGUGCAUGAAUCAACCAAUUCACCGUUGUCAUUUUAACAUUAGCUGUCCGAACACGCUGUGGAAAUCUAACCACGUAUCUACAUGUAUGUUGACUUUUUAUGUUUUAAUGCAUUCAAUUAUUUUAAAAUAUUUUCUAUAAAUGUUUAGUAAAUCCAUGAUUCUCUGUGUAUAGUCUUAAUGUUGUUGGAAUCAGAUUGCGGUUAUUAUGGGUUCUCUAUGAUGGGUACCGAUUAAGCGGUUUUUCUUGUAAGAAAAAUUAUGUAUGCAAAAAGUGGAUUGGUCUUUGGCUUUGCCCUUUCAAUAUUAUGUAAUAGUUAUGUGUACUAUAAAUGUCCAUCUCAGACUGUUGAAGCAGAUUUUUCCAAAUUUGUUAGCCAAAGUAAUUCACUAAAUUUAAGUUACUGCUGAGAUCAUAUGCAUACUACAGGUCUGAGCUUAAAAAGAGGAAAUAUUACUAUAUGUACUGUUAGUGAAACAAACCAAGUAAUAAAUGUUUUUCAUAUCA